AUGCCUUCCACUUUCACCGAUCCUGCCGGAGUCGCGCGUGACGAGCCGCUGUAUACCGUCGUCCACAAUGACAAGAAACGGGUCGCCUACUUCUACGACUCCGACAUUGGCAACUACGCCUACGUGACCGGUCACCCCAUGAAGCCUCAUCGUAUCAGGCUUGCCCACAGCUUGGUCAUGAACUACAAUGUGUACAAGUUUCUCGAGGUUUACCGCGCAAAACCAGCCGUUACUGCCGAAAUGACACAAUUUCACACCGACGAGUACAUUGAGUUCUUGCAGAAAGUUACGCCCGAUAACAUGGACGGCUUCAUGCGUGAGCAGGGCAAAUACAAUGUCGGCGACGAUUGCCCCGUUUUCGACGGUCUCUUCGAGUUUUGCGGCAUCAGUGCCGGCGGCAGUAUGGAGGGCGCCGCACGACUGAAUCGUGACAAGUGCGAUAUUGCCAUCAACUGGGCUGGUGGUCUGCAUCACGCGAAAAAGAGCGAGGCUAGUGGCUUCUGUUAUGUCAACGAUAUCGUCCUGGCUAUCCUCGAGCUCUUGCGGUUCAAGAAGCGCGUUCUCUACGUUGAUAUCGAUGUUCACCACGGCGAUGGUGUCGAAGAAGCUUUCUACACAACCGAUCGCGUCAUGACCGUAUCCUUCCACAAGUACGGCGAGUACUUCCCCGGUACCGGCGAGUUGCGCGACAUUGGUAUCGGAUCGGGCAAGAAUUAUGCCGUCAACUUCCCCCUUCGCGAUGGAAUCGACGACAAUACCUACAGCUCCAUCUUCCAGCCCGUCAUCAGCUCCGUCAUGGAACACUUCCAGCCUGAGGCUGUUGUCCUCCAGUGCGGUGGUGACAGUUUGUCUGGUGAUCGUCUUGGCUGCUUCAAUCUGAGCAUGCGCGGCCAUGCCAACUGCGUUAACUACGUGCGGAGCUUUGGUCUGCCAACUCUGGUUCUAGGCGGUGGUGGCUAUACCAUGCGUAACGUUGCAAGGACCUGGGCCUACGAGACUGGCCGUUUGGUCGGUGUCGAGAUGAACCCGGUCCUUCCAUACAACGAGUACUACGAUUACUACGGACCCGACUACGAGCUUGAUGUCCGUUCUUCCAAUAUGGAGAACGCCAACAGCCCAGAGUACCUGGAGAAGAUCAAGAUUUCAGUGAUAGAAAACCUGAAGAAGACUGCUCCAGUGCCCUCUGUCCAAAUGCAGGACGUUCCGCGCCAGGGAUUCGGUAUGUCCGACGACCAGGAAGACGAGCUUGAUGACAUGGACGAGGACGAGAACAAGGAUGUCCGACGUACACAGCGGCAAUGGGAGAAGGAGAGGGCCAGGCAGGACGAGUUCGAAGAGAGUGAUGACGAGGACAUGGCUCAAGCCAAUGGUGUGUACAAGCCAGAUGGCCCACCGCGCCAGUCCAUUCUCGACUACAAGAACCCCAAGGCUGUGGAAGAUAUGGACCUCGACAUUGGGGAACCCGCCCCGGCUUCGAUUGCCGCUACCGCUGCCGCGGCCGCUGCUAAGCCAGCAGAGCCCGUUACUGUUGACAAUGACGAGACCAUGAUUGACGAUGACGAAGCCCCACCAGCGACCGCUGAACCUGAAGCUGAGGCUCCCGCAACGACAGCUGCUCAGCCUGAAGCAAGCUCUGCGGCCAAGGUUGACAAGGACGGGGAUGUGGAUAUGGCUGAGGCCGAUGAAAAGCCCACGGAGCCCGAGGCAGAGAUCAAGACCGAGGAAGUUGAGACUGCCCCUGCUCCGGAGCCAGAGGCGGAACCCAAGUCAAUUCCCGCCGCCGCUACUGCAGAGCCCGCUACCGAGGCAACGCCAGCCUCCCCCAAGGCCGCCUCGCCCGUCCCUGAAACUACCGCUGAGAAGCCAGUGGCAGAAGAGCCAAGCAAGGUUGCCGAGGAGGCAUCUGAAAAAGUACCGGCAGCCGCGACAGAGGACAAGGAAAAGGAGGCCGACAAGCCUCAAGAAUAG